GCUAUAGUCGCUUCAUCCUAGCAGUGGAUUCUGGUUGUAGUGCUGGUUGUUUGUUUGUUGGUGUUUUGACAGAAAAAUGACUGAAAAUGAAGUUUUGCCACUGAAAGAUGCCAAAACCAUUCCUGAUAUUAUCCAUACUUAUUCUUCAGACCUAAAAAAGGGUCUUGUCCCCAUUGUCAUUGAUAAUGGUUCCUACAACUGUCGUGCUGGAUGGGGAAACCAAAAGAGACCCUGCCUUGUCUUCAAAAAUUUAGUUGCAAAGACUCGAAAGGAAAGAGGAAAGAAGGAUGGUGAAUUACAAGUCGGCAACGAUAUCACAAAUAUCGAAGCAGUCCGCUUUCAACUUAAAUCUCAAUUUGAUCGGAAUGUUCCUAUUCAUAUGGAAGUACAGGAGCAAGUUUUUGACUACAUAUUUUCCCAUUUGGGGAUUGAUACAGAGGGAAGGGUGGAUCACCCUAUUAUGCUCACAGAAGCUUUUUUGAAUCCUAAUUAUUGCAGACAUGCUAUGUCAGAACUCCUCUUUGAAUGUUAUGGCGUACCUGGAGUUGCUUAUGGAGUAGAUGCGCUGUUUAGUUACCAUUGUUCAAAUGAGGAAAACCUGAAAAAAUCUCAGUCUGGUCUAGUAAUUAGUCUUGGUUAUCAAACAAUGCAUAUUAUUCCAAUUAUUGAUGGCCAAGUUGACAUUGCUCACGCACGCCGAAUCAAUGUAGGUGGCUUUCAUGUCACCUCGUACAUGCACCGCCUCCUCCAACUCAAAUAUCCAGUGCAUUUUAAUGCUAUCACUCUUAGCAGAUCAGAGGAAUUGGUGCAUGAUUAUAGUUUUGUCCCUGCUGAGUACAGAUCAGUUUUGAAACAGUGGGCUGAGCCAGAUUAUUAUGACAGAAAUGUUGUAAGGAUACAGUUGCCCUACACUGUUGUUGCAACAGUACCCACUUUAAAUGCAGAACAACAAAAGGAGCGCAGGAAAGAACUGGCCAAAAGAUUGGUGGAAAUCAAUGCCCGAAAAAGGGAUGAAAGACUUGCAGAGGAUGAAGAAAUGCUCAAUCAAUUGUUAGAAGUUCAGGAUCUGAUGAAUUCUGGCAAAGAAAAACAAUUUAAGAAAUCAAUUUCAUCAAUGGAUAUUGGAAGUGAAGCUGAGCUGGUCAAGCAAAUAGGAAACUUGCAGUCAAGAAUACAAAAAACCAAACAAAAAAUUGCUGCUGCUAAUGUUUCUGAAGAUGUGAUUGUGACAGAGGAACCAAAACUCAAAAUUCCUAAACAAACAGCUUUGCGGCUAAGAGAUGGUGAAGAUGCAGAGUCAUGGCUUGCUAGAUUAAGAAAAGAUAGAGUGCAGCUUUUGGAGAAAAGGGCAGCUCGUCAUCAAAAGCGUCAAGAUAUGGCCAAAAGGCGUACUGUUGCUGCACAGGAGAGAAUGCGCAUUAUAAGUGAGCUUGCAAGGAAAGAUAAUAAAAAAGAUGAUAAUUUUGGAAUGCGUGAUGAGGAUUGGGAUGUCUACAAGGCUAUUAGAAGGGAUGGUGGCGACUCUGAUAGUGAGGAAGAACAGGAACGACUUGUUGAAAUAGAGGAAGUUCUUCGGCAAAAUGACCCUACCUUUGUAGAAGGGUCCUCUGCUGCUCUUUCAUCAGGAGACUUCAGUCCUGCUAAUCCAGGAGAAGCACAUCAACUCCAUGUUGGUGUGGAAAAAUUGAGGGCCCCUGAAAUACUUUUUCAGCCAGGGAUGAUUGGAAUUGAAGAAGCUGGUCUAGCUGAGACAAUUGCCUAUGUGUUGAAGAUGUACUCCCCUGAAGACCAAAACAAGCUUGUUUCCAAUAUAUUCCUUACAGGUGGCUGUGCUCACUUGCCUGGAUUAAAAGAAAGACUGGAGUGUGAACUUAGAGAAAUUCGACCUUUUCAGUCUGAGUUUCAUAUUGGAAUGUCCAGAGAUCCUUCACUUUCAGCUUGGAUUGGAGCUUGUGAAUUUGCCCGCCAGCCAAAUUUCAAAACAGAUAUACUAAUAUCGAAGGAAGAUUAUGCAGAAAAAGGGGGAGAGUACCUGAAGGAACAUAAGGCUUCUAAUAUUUACAAUGCCUCUCCUGCAUCUCUUACUCAACCUCAGUUAGGGCCCUUAGAAGAUACAGAAAUGGAAAUCUUUUGACCACAUUUUCCAGCACCAUUCUCUGUUACCUGUUGUGAAUGAAUACUUGGAUGUUUCAACCUGUUUAUGUGAAAUGUGAUUUGAAGAUCAAAAUGAAAGAAUCACUCUUUGUUUGGCAUUACAAACAUACAUUAUAAAGUUUAAUGUACAAGUUUGUUGAAAUACAGUCUUCUUUAAGGUAUGAAGAAAAAAAAUCUGA